GGUGUACAGGCGAGGCGAUGGGAGAGAAUGCAACAGUGAUGUGAACAUCAGUGGAAUAUUUUUUUCCAAGCAUACACAGCCUUCAGUGGAGAUACACACCAGAACUAACAUCAGGACAAAGAGUAUGAUGCCAAGAUGAGCUGUGCUCAGGCUGAACCAGAGGAGACGCCUGCAAAUCCCAGUGAAAACACUAGUCCCAGUGCAAAUGCCAAUCCAAAUGCUAUCACUAAGCCUAGCAUCUCUGGAAGCCCUAUCCCCAGCGCCAAUGCACCCUCAAAUUCAAGCAAUACUUUUAACCUCAGUGUCACAAACACCAGCGAUGAGAUUGAGUGCAAGAUCUGUUACCAACGCUACAACAUUCAUAGCCGUAAGCCCAAGAUACUGGACUGUUUGCACCGUGUUUGUGCCCGAUGCCUUAACAAGAUCCUGGACAUUGGGGACAGCUCGGGCUGCAUCUGCUGUCCUUUCUGCCGGCAUGAAACAAGAGUUAGUGACUACGAAGUGGCGGCACUACCGGAUGACUCGAACAUCAUGUCAUUCCUGGCAGUCCGGGGCAAGUGGUGGAGCUCAGACCACAGCAAAGAGGUGGUGCUGACACCCAAGAGCCUAUCAUCCAGUGACAGUCCAUACCACGAUUCUUCUAACUGCCUGGUCAUCACCAUUAUGGAGGUCCAGAGAGAUGCACAGCAUUCACCCAGUCGCAAUGGUAGCUCUGAUGACUAUGGGGAACACAGCCUGGACUCAGUAUCAGUUGCGUCAAAUGGUGGCACCAUAGACCAGGACGCAUUUACCAAGAUUUGCAACCACGUACCCCGGAUUCUUGUGUGGCUACUGGGCUUCUUCUACUUUGGUUCCUUGCCACUUGGCAUAUACUUACUGGUGAUCCAAAGAGUUACUUUGGGUAUUGUAUGUGUUAGCCUUGUACCCACCAGCCUUACUGUGUGUCUAGUAUAUGGAUUCUGCCAGUGCCUCUGCCAAGGCAUAUGUGACUGCUCCAGCAGAAGCUGACUGGACACGACACGACACCCCCGAAUGAGAAGAGUGAACAAACUAAUAACACAAAGACAUCUUCUUAUAUGUGUUUAGGGCUAUCAUUCUUAUGAAAUAUUGCACG